AGGGUGUGGUGAAUAUGGUGAAUAAUCGCACGAAGCCGCGACUGGCCAUCGGCUGUCAAAAAACAAAUCGCAAAAAGAUUUAUAAACAACGACUGCAUCAGAUUCUAUCGAACAUCGGACAGCGCUGAAAAUGGAAGAAAACAAGGACGCCAGCCUGCUGGUGAUUGUGAUGGACACGAACCCAUCCCAGCGAAUCAUCCGUGAAAACCCUCAUCACUUGACCCAAUGCCUGGACUCGAUCGUGGCUUUUGCGAACGCUCAUCUGAUGCAGAAGGCUCAGAACAAACUGGCCGUCCUGGCGUGCCAUCAUCAUGCCACAGAAUUCCUUUAUCCAACACCGGGGAAACCACUGGACAUCCGGCAGGUGGACGGGCAGUACGAAGCCUUCACGCUGGUCGAGAAAACCAUCAAACAGAAGCUGGCCAAAGUAAUUGGUGAAGCUCCCCGGCUAAGCGUUCCAACGGAAUCGCUGCUGGCCGGAAGUAUGGCAAUGGCGUUGUGCUACAUUGCAAGGGUAAAUCGCAAUAAACCCGCGGGGGUGAAGAUCAACUCUCGGAUACUGGUCGUGACGGGAAGCAACGAGUGCGCCUCGCAAUACAUGACCUACAUGAACGUAUUUUUCACCGCACAGAAGCAAAACGUCACGCUGGACGUUUGUGCGCUGGAUAAGCCACUCAGUUUGCUCCAGCAGGGAUGUGAUAUUACCGGAGGACAAUACCUUAAGCUGCCGCAAUUGGAUGGCUUCCUGCAGUAUUUGCUGUGGGUGUUUCUGCCGGAGCCGCUGACGAGGUGCAAACUGGUGCUUCCGCCACCGGUUAAAGUAGACUAUCGAGCUGCUUGCUUCUGCCACCGGGAGCUGAUCGACAUCGGCUACGUGUGCUCGGUGUGUCUUUCCAUUUUCUGCAAAUUUAGUCCCAUUUGUACCACUUGCCACACUGUGUUCAAAGCACCUGCCCCGAUUGCGGCCAAGCCGAAGAAAAAGAAGAUGAAAUCGUGAAACAGCUUAUACUAGCGUAAGGAACUAUUUGUUAUUAAUGAUGAAAACAAGUCUACAAUCAUAAUUUUGGUAA